UACCCUGUGGUGCAGGGCCCCCAUCCACAGAGGCCGACCUGCUUGCUGGACUGAUUCACAAGAAAGGCUUUGCCGCCCGAAGCGGAUGACAGACGUGUGCGGGGUUAAGCCACCCCCUAACACGUGUAGGAAGGAGCCACAUAUCCUAGCCGCUGGCCCGCUGGGCCUGACAGCGAUUAUUGGAAUGGUAACUGCAGCAGCCACAGGGAAGCUGGACUGUGGCACUGUUAAUAAAAUGGAUGCGAGCAUCAUGGGUCAGAAUAUUUGCUUCUGCAACAGGACAAAGGAAUAUCGAGAAGGUCCUGGUGGCAAACCGAGGUGAAAUAGCAUGCAGAGUGAUGUGGACUGCCAGGAAGAUGGGCAUAAAGUCUGUGGCCGUGUACAGUGACGCGGAUAAGAAUUCCAUGCAUGUAGCAAUGGCGGAUGAAGCAUAUUUCAUUGGCCCAGCACCAUCUCAGCAGAGCUACUUGUCCAUGGAAAAGAUAAUGCAGGUGGCCAAAAAGUCAGCAGCACAGGCCAUCCAUCCAGGCUAUGGCUUCCUGUCAGAGAAUACAGAGUUUGCAGAACUCUGCAAACAAGAAGGAAUCGUUUUCAUAGGUCCUCCUUCUUCUGCUAUCAGAGAUAUGGGCAUCAAGAGCACGUCCAAGGCCAUAAUGUCUGCUGCCGGGGUCCCUGUGGUAGAAGGCUACCAUGGCGAAGACCAGUCUGACCGUUGCUUGGAAGAGCAGGCCAGAAAGAUCGGGUACCCGGUCAUGAUCAAAGCAGUCCGUGGAGGCGGGGGAAAGGGCAUGAGAAUUGCUUUCUCAGACAAAGAAUUUCAGGAACAAUUAGAAUCAGCCAGGAGAGAAGCUAAGAAGUCUUUCAAUGAUGAUGCCAUGUUGAUAGAGAAGUUUGUAGAUAAUCCAAGGCAUGUUGAAGUUCAAGUGUUUGGAGACCAACAUGGCAAUGUGGUCUAUCUGUUUGAAAGAGACUGCAGCGUACAGAGAAGGCAUCAGAAAAUUAUUGAAGAAGCUCCAGGGCCAGGAAUUCAGCCUGAAGUGAGAAGAAAACUUGGAGAGGCAGCUGUUAAGGCAGCUAAAGCUGUGAACUACGUUGGAGCAGGAACGGUGGAAUUUAUAAUGGAUAGUGAACAUAAUUUCUAUUUCAUGGAGAUGAACACCAGGCUCCAGGUGGAGCACCCAGUCACUGAGAUGAUAACAGGGACUGACUUGGUGGAGUGGCAACUUAAGGUUGCUGCAGGAGAGAAGAUCCCUUUGACUCAGGAACAGAUCUUGCUCAAGGGACAUGCAUUUGAAGCAAGAAUCUAUGCAGAAGAUCCAAACAAUAAUUUCAUGCCAGGGGCUGGACCCUUGUUGCAUUUGUCCACACCACUCCCUGAUGACUCUAUCAGGAUAGAAACUGGGGUAAGACAAGGGGAUGAGGUUUCUAUACAUUAUGACCCCAUGAUUGCUAAGCUGGUUGUUUGGGCAGAAGACCGUCAAGCAGCAUUAAGAAAAUUAAGAUACUGCCUACAGCAAUAUAAUAUUGUAGGGUUAAGCACCAAUGUUGAUUUCUUGCUGAAUCUCUCGGGCCACCCGGAGUUCGAGGCUGGAAAUGUUCACACCAAUUUUAUCCCUCAACACUAUGAUAAGCUCUUCCCUUCCAAAAAGGCGAUAUCAAAAGUGUUUUUGUGCCAGGCAGCCCUAGGACUGCUACUGAAAGAGAAAACAAUCACGGACUCUUUUAGACUUCAGUCAGAAGAUAAGUAUUCUCCAUUUGCAUCCAGCAGCGGCAGAAGGAUCAAUAUGCGCUUCAUUAGGAACUUGACUCUUCUUGAUGGUGAAAAUAAUGUGAAUAUGACUAUAACCUACAGUCAUGAUGGUUCAUAUGACAUGCAGAUACAAGACCAAUCUUUCCAUGUUUCUGGUUGUCUUUCAAAUGAUGGUGAUUCCGAUUACCUAAGAUGUUCAGUGAAUGGAAUUGUUCAUAAAUCCAAGCUGGUAAUUUUGGACAACACCAUUUACCUCUUCUCACUGGAAGGCAGUGAGCAGAUUGCUCUUCCAUUGCCAAAAUAUUUAUCUGGAGUGAGUUUGACUGGAGAUCAAGGUGGAGCUGUGGCACCCAUGACAGGAACAAUAGAAAAGGUGUUUGUGAAAGCUGGGGAUAAAGUCCAGGUCGGGGAUCCACUCAUGGUCAUGAUAGCCAUGAAAAUGGAGCAUACCAUACGGGCUCCAAAGGCAGGAAUAAUAAAAAGGGUUCUAUACCAAGAAGGAUCCCAGGCCAACAGACACGCCCCACUAGUCGAGUUAGUGGAGGAAGAAUCUGAAACAAAAUAAUCCCCGGGGAGUGGAGCUUCAAGCAACUGUCCCCAAAUUCUGGGGUUUGCCACUCUGCAAUGAAAGAUAGGAACUCCAAGGGCUUGCACAUGUAUGGACAUAAGUGUUCUCUCAUCAUCACUUGAUUUCUCUGCAGUUGAUGACUUUCACUUGAAAUCAAAUACUUUCUAUCUGAAAAUAAUCUAAAGAAUAUCAAAUGGUUUGCCAGAAGAAUUAGACCUGGAAGGACUGUGGCCAUUCUUCCACUUGGCCAUGAACUGAAUUUGGUGUGCCUGGACAAUUUGAGCUCCUAAUAUCUUGUUGGCAAAAUAUGCAUCAUUACAGCUUAUCAUGUAAAAUGGUCAUUGAGAAUGAGGAGAGGUCAGUAAAAUAUUUGUAUGGUGGAGACAGGAAGGUACCAAAGCAGUCACAGGUCGUGUAAUUUGCAGAAACAACAUUUUCUUGAAGUGAUUAAUAAUAAUUUACCCAACUGACCAAUAACUCAGAAUUCUGUUCCCUGUAAUCUGAAUCGCGAUCUUUUGUGUGCCUGUAAAGUGACUGGCAUGAUACUUAAUUGCUUGAAAGGCUGGGUAGAAUUACCUUAAAUUAUUUUAAAGUAUUUUGAGAUCUUUUGAUAGGAAUGACAAGUUGUAGCACUUGGUUGGUUAUGAGCACAAACAUGACUAAGGCAGGAAAUUCUCCACCUUUGAUAUAAUACUCUAAGAAGGUAACAUAACAGAAGAACCAUACCACUGAAAUGUAGACACCCUCCCAUCUGCAUCUGGAUCCAGCAAAGCUUUGCAAGUGGAAGCAGACUUCUCUACAUGUGUCAGGAGCUGUAAACAUGCCCACUUGAAUGUGGAAGUCGUUUUUCCAUACUGUAUUAUUUUCACUGGGAUAUGCAUCCUGAAACAUGCAUGAAGGACUCUCUGUGUAUCUUUGGAUUGUAUUAAUUUACAAUCCAAUCACCAUAUUACAAGUAUGCUUACUAGUUGUAAGAUCUUUCCACAAGUAAGGGACACUGUUAGUCAUUCCAGAAGAGAAGUGUGUGCUUUGAUGUCUUAUGUACAAAAAGCAAAUGGGAUACCUGCCACAUACACAGCUUGCUGGUUCUAAAGUAUACUGACUUGUUGACGUGGCACUCCAGCAGACUGGUUAAAGGAGAGGUUCCUAUUAAUAAAGCGCCCAUCUUUGUUUUCUUUA